AUGACGAUUUAUUCAGCCCCGCUGGCAAUAGACGAAAAAGUACGACGAAAAACGCUUCGAAGCGCGUACAAAGGUCCACUAACAACGGGAAAGAUUAUUGCACCUAAUUUGUAUCCUAUUCCGCUCUUCGUUAUCGGAGGCUAUACGAUGCGCCAGGCAGCGAUGACUCUUGAAUCCGAUAUUGGGGGUGGUGCGUGGAUGCGCGACUCCUCGUUUCUUUGGAUGGAUUCACUGGCAACGUUUGACCUUGGAAUGAGCGCUCUCGCUGGCAUCAGCACUUUUUCGCCUUUCGACUUUCCUCUUGCGGAAUACGCCAAUAUAUUUUUCAAUCCCGUUGGCGAUGUCAAAAUACAGUUCGUCAAACCCCGUUCCCGUGAUUUCAUCAGAGAUGGACUCUUCCUCUCCCAUCAGCUACGACCACAGCCAGCACAAAUAUUAUCGUUCAGCGUGGCUUCAUUAGCCGCUGCUAGCGUCGUCUCUUUUCAGAGUUAUUUUGCUAUUCCUGCUGUUGUAUCUUACUACAUUUUUCUCUACAUGAUUGUCCGAGGAUGCACGGAGGUAGCCCUUUUCCAUCCAACGUUGCGACGAAUCACCUCGUCUGAACCACUCUUCGACAAGAACUCGAACUCGACUUCUUCUCUCUUAGCCGCCGCUCUCAAAGUCUACAGCUCGCCCAGCAAAGAUUUGUCUGUGGACGAGUUCUUCCGUCAAAGAUAUCCGUUUAUGUUUGAAAACACACGACCUUACAAAUAUCGGGUCACUCUGAAAGAGCCCCUGAUGUACAUAAAUGUAGGCUCCGCUAAUAAAAAGAAGGAAGAACUAGUAGACGAAGACCAGCUAGAAUUAAAUGACAAUGACUUUAAAUAA